AUGGCGAUUGCUUGGAGGCAGGUCCCCUGGGUGCUCCCAGCGCGCGCUGUCCAGGCUAUCUUUGCUAUCAUCGUCCUAGGCUUGAUUGCAUAUGUAAUCAGUGUCUUCGACGACGAAGACUAUGGAUUCAGCUCCGACGUACUCAACUUCAUGCUCUUCACGUCCGUGUGGACGCUGUUGGUCGCGACGCCAUACCUCGCUCUGUCGCCGGUAUACGUACCGCAGAUCGCACAUCGCUUCGCCAUCGUGGGCAUGGAGGCCGUCACGAUGAUUUUCUGGUUUGCAGCCUUUAUCGCCCUGGCGGCGCUGCUGCCCCCGCCGGAAGCAUGUCACAGUUCGCCGUGUAGAUCCUCGCAGGCCGCGACGGUGUUUGGGGCCUUUGAGUGGGUCCUGUUUGCCGUAAGUGCUGGCUUUGCCAUCUUCAAUCUGAUCGGUGGUCGAAGUAGCCAGAAUAAGGAAACUGUUCCGGAAGUGCAGAUGGCGCCUCAUGCGGGUGUUUGA